AUGGUGUGGGAACACUCGACUUCUUCGCUGCAGGAUAGCGCAGAAAUUCCAAUGAUAGAUGAUAACGAGGAGGUUCGCCAUAGAAGUGAGGAAAAAAUUCACGAUAAGAGCACUACCUUAACACAUUCAGCUUCUGUAGCUCGAUUUGAAGAAGAAAUUGAUGAUGAUGAUGAUGACAAAGACCAUACUUUCAUUAAGCCUGCCAAUGACGAGGAUGAUACUUCUGUGAUGAUAACGUUCAACCAGGGGGUUUCUCCAUUUAUCUUGGUGCUAACGCUGGUAGCCUCAAUCUCCGGGUUUAUGUUUGGUUAUGACACAGGUUAUAUAUCGAGUGCUCUAAUCUCUAUCAAAACGGAUCUUGGUGGAGAAGAGUUGACAUAUGGGGGGAAGGAGAUUAUAACUGCUGCGACUUCUUUGGGAGCCCUAAUAACGAGUCUUAUGGCUGGAACCGCCGCCGAUCUGUACGGUCGUAAGGCCUGUAUCAUGUUCUCGAACGUUAUGUUUUUGGUGGGAGCUAUUUUGCAAGCCACUGCAUUCUCUUUCUGGCAGAUGGCUGUCGGAAGGUUGAUUAUGGGAUUUGGUGUUGGUAUAGGAUCUUUGAUUUCACCGCUUUUCAUCAGUGAGAUUGCUCCAAAGAUGAUCCGUGGUAGGCUAACUGUGAUCAACUCACUGUGGUUGACUGGUGGCCAAUUGAUCGCCUACGGUUGUGGUGCCGGGCUGGUCCACGUUCACAACGGUUGGAGGAUCUUGGUCGGUCUAUCUUUGGUACCUACGGUGGUUCAAUUCACCUGUUUUUUCUUCCUGCCAGACACACCAAGAUACUAUGUUAUGAAGGGCAAGUUGGAUAAGGCUGCUCAAGUUUUAAGGAAGAGUUACACCGACGCUUCGGAUGAACUCAUUGAUCAAAAGAUAAGAGAAUUAGUCGAGUUGAAUGAUUCUGUUCCAGGCAAGAGAGUUUCCACAAAGGUAUGGAACAUGGUCAAGGAGCUACACACGAAACCUGCUAACUUGCGUGCUUUGAUUAUCGGUUGUGGGUUACAAGGUAUUCAACAAUUUACUGGUUGGAACUCUUUAAUGUACUUCUCAGGAACGAUCUUCGAAACAGUUGGGUUUUCCAACUCUUCCGCAGUCUCUAUCAUUGUCUCCGGUACGAAUUUCAUCUUUACACUAGUCGCAUUCUUUGCCAUCGAUAAAAUCGGUCGUCGAACCAUUUUAUUGAUCGGACUUCCCGGUAUGACUAUGGCUCUAGUCGUUUGCUCGAUUGCGUUCCACUUUAUGGGUGUCAAAUUUGUCGGUAACGUCGCGCAAGUGGUACACAGUGGCUUCAGUGCAUGGGGGAUUGUUAUCAUUGUAUUCAUCAUUGUCUUCGCAGCCUUUUACGCCCUAGGUAUCGGUACCGUCCCAUGGCAACAGUCCGAACUAUUUCCUCAAAAUGUUAGAGGUGUCGGUACUUCCCUCGCCACUGCAACUAACUGGGCCGGUUCUUUAGUGAUUGCUUCUACAUUCUUGACCAUGUUGCAAAACAUCACACCUAGCGGGACAUUCGCAUUUUUCGCAGGACUAUCAUGCGUUUCUACAGUAUUCUGCUACUUCUGCUAUCCAGAACUAUCAGGUCUCGAACUAGAAGAAGUACAGACUGUAUUGAAGGACGGAUUCAACAUAAAAGAGUCCAAGGCACUGGCCAAGAAGAGGAAACAGCAAGUCGCUUCGAUGCACAAGCUAAAAUUUGAGCCUACUCAUGAAAUAGUAGAGGCCUAG